AUGCAAUUCAUAGUUGGACAAGAUCCCAAAUCACAAAUAUUUUAUGAAAAUAAUUUAAAGCAACUUCCACCUGGUUGUUAUACCCACAAAAUACUUGAUAAAGUAAUAGAUUGUGUUAAUUAUUUAAAUGAUAUAAAGGAAAACUUUAACAUAUUUUUUGCUGAAGAAUUAUUGGAAGCUGUUGAUUAUUUAGAUUCUGAACAAUUUGGAGAGAUAUUUGAAAAUCUUAAUAAUGGAAUGCAAAAAGCAUUUGAUCAUUUUAAAAAAUUAGAAGGAAAUUCUGGUCAAUCUUUUGCUCGAAGCUUUCGUUAUAUUAUUUUAAAGCAACCCUGGAUAAAUGCACCUAAUGAAGAUGAAAUAAGAUAUGAUGAAGAAUUACACAAUUAUAUUACCAAUUUCAAUAUAAAUGAUUUUGGAUU